CCUCAUUUCAAAGACGAAUUGUUCAAAAACGAUUUGGCGCUGAACGACAGAUUAUGGCAUGUGCCCCUGGCCUGUGGACCACCAUGAAUUUUAGUGGAUGAAGUGCCCAAUAUCAACAAGUGAUCCGAGUGUUGGCAUCCAUGCAAAGGAGCCACUGGAGCAGAUGUGAUCGGAACAGGAUAAAGGGGCCCACUAAUAGGUAGAUUCCAAGGAGAACGAGAUUCAAAGAUUACAACAGAAAGUGGAAGAGGCUGAAGAAGCCCUUCAGAAGGCAGCACAGUAUGGACUUCAGCUCCUGGAUGACAAAAUGGAUCUGCAAAAUAAGUUGGAAGAUCAGCGAAUUGAGAUGACUGCUCUAAUUGAGGGCUUGGAGCAAGAAAAAUAUUCACUGCAGAGAGAAGUGGAGCUAAAGUGCCGCAUGCUGGUCAGCCUUAAUUCAGAAUUUGAUGAUGUUAAAAACCAGCAGAAACAUCUGUUGGAACAGCAGCAAACAAUGUUGGAGAGGAAUCAUGCAGUGGAAUGCAGUGAACUCAAGAACAAGGUGAACAAAAUGAAAGGGGAUCUAGAAAAGGCUCAGCUUCUUGAGAAACAGCUGAGACAUAAAUUGGAGUUGCAGUCUCAAACUUUAACCAACAAAACUGAGGAGCUUCGCAAAAUAUCCGAACGUGCCCAUGAAACUAUGUCUUCAGAGAUCUUGGAGCUACAAAUCCAGAAGAUGGACUUGGAAUCAUCUAUGGCUGCCUUAGAACAGAAGCAUCAGGAAUUGGUAUACAGAGAACAGCAGCUGGAGCUGGCUAAUUGUAUCCUUCAGAGGCAACUAGAGACACUUGCAAAUACAAAGGAAGAAAAAGAAAAAGAGGUCGUGUCACUCUACAGUGCUUUGGAGAAAUCCAGGGAAGCCAACCAGGACCUUCAAAUACAAUUGGACGAGGUGUUGCAGCAUGCACAGGAUCCAAACAGCAAAGGCAAUUCAUUAUUCUCUGAGGUAGAGGACAAGCGUGCAGAAAUAGAGAGACAGUUGAUCAGUGUAAAAGUACAGUACCAGUCUCUUCAAAAGCAGCAUGCUUUUACCAAACAGCAGAUGCUUCGCAUGAAGGUGCAGAUAUCUAAUGUGAUGCAGCUUCAGGGCAUUAGAGCUGACCCAGCCCAGCUUGAGCGAUUACAGUUCAUGUUGUCAGAGAAGAACAGUGAGAUAGAAACCUUAAUGAAGAAAGUGCAACAGUUGGAGAAAGUGGAGGUGGCACUUGAGAAUCAGUCCACUGCUGUCUCCAAGGAAACCGAGGUUGUGGAUGAGACAUACUACACUGAUCUUUUGAAAAUGCAACUCUCAAAUUCAAAGAAAGUUGCCGAGAAACUGAAGGAGGAAUUAUCAAUGGCAAGAAUGAAAGCUCUUUCUGAGAGUCACAGGGUGCUCGAGUUGGAAAGGAAACUCUUUGCGGCAGAGAAUACUCUAAAGCACGGGCGCAUUGACAUUAUCAGGCUCCAAGUGAAAACUGAAGAACUCCAGAUGAAAUAUGAGCCUAAUGAGGCGAAAAAGGCACAGGCUCAGAAGUGCAAGCGAGAGAAAUUUCCAGUAAACUUACCUGAUGAGUCUGACCACAGCAGCAUGGAUACUCCAGGCAUGAAGACUGAGCCAAGCAGGAACAAGGCUAUAGAUGGAAAAGCCCUCCCUUGUUCAACUGAGAACGAAUUUUCGACCCCAGUACAGUUAUCACAAGCCCCAAGCUCUGUCUUGCUUUGUGACACCAAAUGUGUUCGCGUCUGUGAGAAUGCUUCAAUUUCUAUUCCUGAUCCCCCAAGGUCUUCAGUGAAAGUCUGCGUAAGCACAGCCAAGGACAAAAUGGUAAAAUGGGAUGACGAGGGAGACAACUGGAGACCCGAAAGGUACAAGAAGUAUCAAGCACCUGUUCAUGUUGAUUCAGAGAACACCAUGGAAAAACAGUGUGCUCAACAGUAGUAAUUACUCUCUACUAAAAAAAGUCUCUAUUAUAUAUAGAUGUUAAUUUUGCUAAAAUGUUUAGAUGUUUAACUCUUAUUGGACAAUAAAUGUUAAUAGUCACUAACUUGUGGUGUGUGUGUCUAUGUAUAUAUGUAAAUAUAAACAUUACACAUAUACAGUCCCUACAGAAAGUAUUGGAGCAGCAAGGCCAAUUAUUUUGCUUUUGCUGUACACUGAAGACAUUUGGGUUUGAGAUCAAAAGAUGAAUAUGAGAUAAAAAUUUCAGCUUUCAUUUCCUAAUAUUUGAAUCUAGAUGUGUUAAACAACUUAGAACACGGCCCCUUUGGUGGCAGACCAUCCAAUUUUUAGGUGAGCAAAUGUAUUGGAGCGAGUCUUAAAAUAAAUAACACUUAAUAUUUGGUUGCAUAUCCCUUUCUUGCAAUAACUGCAUCAAGCCAGCAACCCACUGACAUCACCAAACUGUUGCAGUUGUCUUUUCUUCUUUCAGGUGUUGUUGGGGUUUCUCCCUUUAGUCUCCUCUUCAGGAGUGAGAUAUGAAUACUCAACUGGGUUAAUGUCUGGUGAUUGACUUAAUCAGUCUUAAACUUUCCACUUUUCCCCCUGAUGAAGUCUUUGUGUAUUUUGGGUCAUUGGCUUGCUGCAUGAAGUUCCUCCCAAUUAGAUUGAAUGCAUUUCUCUGUAAAUUGGCAGACAGCAUGUUUCUGUAGACUUUUGGGAUGAAUUGGAGCACUGACUUGUGCCAGGCCUUCUUAUCCAAUGUCAGUGCCCGACCUCAUAAGUGCUUUUGUGGCUGAAUGGGGAAAAACUCCCCACAGCCAUGCUCCAAACUCUAUUUGAAAGCCUUCCAGAAGAGUGGAGGUUAAUAUAACAGCAAAGCUGGGAAUAGAGCUGGAAUGAGAUGGUCAAGAAACAAAUAAGGGUGUGAUUGGUCAGAUAUUCACAUACUUUAGGCAACAUAGUGAAGCGAAGGAUUGUCACACCAAAUAAUGACUUUGUUUCAUUUAUUACUGUUUACUGCUCUUUAUGAUAUUUUUUUAAUGUAGAAACAUUUAAUUUCAUUAUUUUUGAAGGCAUCUUUGCUCUACAGCAUUUCUUUGCAUGUGCCUAAGACUUUUGCACAGUACUAUAGGUGUAGUAUUGCUGUGAAAUAUACAACAGUUUGCUUAUGCAACUAUGGCACUUAGAAGCUGACAAAAGUAUUUAAAUGUGAAAUUCAUAUGUGUUAAUUAUUAUACAUCACAUUAAAUAAAAUUCCUUUGAUUUUAGAUAAACAUUUUUUGCUGUAGACAACGUUCACUUUCAGAAGUAAAUUUUCAGUUGACUGAUAUUAGCGGUCUUUGUUUCACGUUGUACAAAGCUGUUAGUGUAGCAUCAAGAAUCUCUUUAUUGUCUGUUAGUGUUUGGAAUCUGCAUAUGUUGCUUGGGUUUCUUCCAUUUAUAUUCUAAAUGUGCAUGUCUACCCCUGUAACUACCUCACUCUCUGUGGGUAUCCUAGUCCAGGGGUGUCCAGUCUUAUUCAUUCACAAAAGGGACAGUGUGGGAGCAGGUUUUCAUUCCAACCACACAUCACCCACACCUGAUACCUUUUUAAUCAGUUGAUCUUCAGUAAAACAGAUGUCUUGUAGGGAAAGCAUUAGCUCAAAGGGAAAUAUUAGUUAAUUCAGGGGAGAUAUCAGAAUCACUUACAGCAACUAACCAACUUAUUCGUCCAGCGAAAAUGUUGGCGGGGCCGUGCAUUAAUUCUGGAAAGUUAUUACUCCCGUGACCUUUGGCAGUAAUAUCUUAUUGUGAUGACAAUAUUAUUUCCUAGCAACACAUGAUAUAAUGUAUAUAGUAAUAUACAUACGAAUAAUGGUCUCAACAACAACAUGGACUAGAAGAUCAACUCUGAGGCUGUGUAUAGGAAAGGGAUGCACAGACUCUACUUUCUGAGGAAUCUCAGGUCCUUUAAUGUUUGCAACAAGAUGUUAGAGAUCUUCACCCAGUCUGUGGUAGCUAGUGCAGUCUUCUUUGCAACAGUAUGGCUGGGGGUGCAAAAAUACUCAACAAACUAACACCCUAAUAAACACCCUCCAUGACCUUCUGGUUAAACAGUAGAGUACCUUUAGUAGAAGACACAUUUGUAGAAAGGAAUGGUACAGGAGGUCAUUUGUACCACAACAGCUCAUCACUGUGCUGGGACACUAUUUUGCACUGAGCCAGUCUUAGGAUAAGAUCAUUGGACAUUAGUUGAAUUAUACCACCAUCCACUAUUAUAUCCAUAUGCACUCCCACUUUACAUAUAUUAAUUUUUCCCUUUUCUCACAUUCACUCUAUACAAUACUGUAAUUCAUUUUAUUGCCGUUUACGAUGUUUACACCGCUGACAAAGUUUGCACUGCACUGCCCCUUUAAUUUGACUCAAGUCUGCUGCUUAUGUCUACAAUGUUUACACCCCACUGCUCUACCACAUCACACUCUUACACUGUAUUCUUUUUUUUUGUAUAUAUUUAUUCUUAUUUUGUUUGAUUUAUAGCAUUAAAUUACUUUAAGUAUACUCUCUGUGCUGCUGUAAUAGGUGAAUUUCUCUCUGGGAUGAAUAAAAUGAUCCAUCCAUCAAUCCAUCAAUGGAAUAUCAGGCAUCGCUCCUGCUUGGUUGUAAUGAAAACCUGCACGCACACCAGCCCUUUGUAAAUAAGAUUGGUCACCCCUGCCCUAGUGAUAUGAGCAUGCCAGUACUUAUGCACAGGUCAUCCUUUUUU